AUGACACCAAAGACACCAAGACAGCUCAAUGCUAAGCAGGUCAAUCCCAGUAUCACCUACCAGUCAAUCCGGGAUCUGUUGGGCUUCAAGCGAGACCUUGAAGUCCCUGCAAGUGCACACAGCAGUCUCAACAGUCUCAAGAAGCAGAAUAUCAAUAUUUUGAAUGACUGGGACCAUACGCAAAUUGAUAAAGUGGCACUAUAUGGGAUUUCAAAAUCCAAUGAAGAUGUUGGCAUCUGUACCAAGAAGAUCCAUGAAUUCCUGCGCAAGCUACAGCGAUACCUCAUAGUAUCAUAUGAAGAUGCACAAGAUCUCAUGGGACUGGACCACCCAAGCUCAUCCUUGGUCAUCAAUCAAUCCAUAGAGAACAACAUACAGAAAUAUGAAAGCAACCAAGGGAGAUACUUCAUAACUGACAUGGCAUUUUCCUUUGCACAGGCAAAUAUGGUGGAGGUUUGGAACAUCCAGGAACUUGAGGCUAAGGAGAAGAAUGCAAAAACAAAAGAUCAUGAUGACUUGAAAGCAUCUGUGCCAGAUCUUCUGACAAGGGCUGAUGCAAUUUCUUGUUGUUUUGCUUUGGUGUUCCUAUUAUUGGUUCAACCAGCAAGCUAUAAGGAUACGGAGACAGUGACGGAGAAACACGUUGGCAUUGUGAUUGACACCAUUAUGCGCUGUGCUGCAGGCAAAGGCUUCAAAUUUGGAUCGAACUCCCCUGCUGAGUUGAUCUAUGCACUAUCACGGACUACAAAGGGUGCAAGCCCCGACAUGUUCAUCCAAGCAGAAGCAACAGGCAAACAGACCCAGGUACCCAUGGAAGGCCAAUGGGAUGUUACACAAUCGGAAGACAGCACACUUGCAGAUCAAGCUGUUCCAGAUGUGAUCACCUUCAUUGCUGAAGCCAAACGUGGACCAGAAGAACUCAAAAAAGCCAUCACCCAAAUGAGUGCAGCACUCCAUCCAACAGAGCUGGUUGUCAUCAUCAUGCACUAUGACAAACACAAACUUCCAUAUGACACAGAGGUUGAGCAACUCACCAAGUAUGAACUGGAUGAACUGGAUGUCACAUUUGGAGUGUUCUAUGGUGCCAAUGAUCUCACCAUAGUUGCCAACUACCCUGCUAUUGCCAAGACGAAGAAGAACGGUCAAGAUCAGUAUUCCUGGACUCUGCGCACACGGGUCAUUGCCAAGUAUGCACUUGCUGUGGACAUGCCAGUGGAGGAAGUUUGGAUAGUCUUUGUUGCCAUUCUGACAGUGUCCACACACAAUCAACGCCUUCAGAAGAGGUAUCGACGUCUGGAUGUAGUUCGGAAUUUUACCGACAUCCAUCGACGAAGUGAACAAAGACCAGCAAAAAAGACAUAA